AUGGGAGGUUCAAAUGAAAAGAAACAGGUGUUUUACCUUGGUGAUGAGGGUGUUGCCCCAGGCAAAGGAGCAAACACAGUUGUCAGCUACCUCCACCAUUACUUUGAAAACUACGGCCUGGGUGAGGAACAUGCCCAGUUCCAUUUUGACAAUUGCCAAGGACAGAACAAAAGUAAUGCAGUUCUUGGUUAUGCUGUGUGGAGAACAUUGACGGGAGGGCAUAAGACAAUCCAAUAUUCAUUGAUGCUAGCCGGCCACACCAAAUUCUCAUGUGAUUGGCAUUUUGGAGUGUGGAAAAACAGAUGGAGACACAUGGAUGCAGAGACAGUUGAGGAGGUGGCUUCCACAGUAGCAAUGUCAUCCCGUAAUGGCCACAACAUCCCCCAUAUUGUUGAUGGCAACAGCAAACCAGUGUUGUUCUAUGACUGGAGCACCUUCUUCAAAGGCAUGUUCAAACCAUUGAAGAACAUUUCGAAAUACCAUUCAUUUGAGGUGUCUUCUAACGAGCCUGGGGUUGUAAGAGUAAGGAAGUUUGUUGAUGCCCCUGAGGAGAAAAUUAACAUACUGAAAACCUGCCAAGUGGAUAUUUGUGUUAUGCCAGAGCAGAUCUUUGGUGAGGGAAUAAAUGCUGAAAGGCAAUGGUACUUGCAUGAUGUAAUAAGAGACUUUUGCAGAUCGGAUCAUGCUAAAAACACAACAUGCCCUUUGCCAUUAGUUGCAAAAGAAGGCUAUUCAAAGGCCAAAAAACAAAAGUUGAAAUAGGUAACUUUAUUGAGAACACUUUCUGUGUGUGUUUCAGCAAAAGGUAUAGUUUGUGUCUUGCUAUAAACAGAUUGGCAUGUAUAAGUUGAAGUUUAAUGUUUUCAUUUUCAUUCAAAGAAUAUAUUUCUUAGUGUAACAUUGAUAAAAUAUUUAUGAUUUUAGAUAAAAUAUUUAUGAUUUUAGGAAUGUAUGGUUUCCAUGGCAACCAAAAGUAACAAACUUGAUUGAUCAUUGAAUACCUAUGCAUAAACGUGUAUUUCAUUUAUGGGAAUAUCAUUGAACAGUUGGCCAUCUAUAAGUAAAGUAUGAUGGCACUCAUAUUUUCCAUACAUGACUGCAGUAUAAUAUUCAAGUGUACAUUAUAAAUCUACAUGUUAUAACUUUAUAGUUAUACAUACAUAUAGUUUCAAUGUUCCUUGCUUUAUGUUUGUUCUCAAUUUUGUCAAAUAAGGCAUGUGUCAAUGCUUUCCUUGUAAAUACAUUUCAGUCUGUGUCAUCUUACAACUCUAAACUAAUGAAAUGAGCAAAAAUAUGAACUAUUCUAGGUAUAAGUAAGUUUCUAUGGCAACCAAAUA